AUGGCACAGAAACGUCUCAUGCAAGAGCUGCGGGCUCUUCAGAAGGAGAAAUGGGUAGAUAUUACAACGGACGAAACCAACCUCCUCAAGUGGAAAAUCGGACUUUGGGUCGUAAAUCCUGAUAGCGUUUGGCACGGGGCAUUUCUCAAGGCCGAGAUGAGAUUCCCAGCCGACUAUCCCUACCAGCCACCUGCCUUCAAAUUCCUCACUCCCAACAUCGUCCAUCCCAAUGUGUAUCUUGACGGGAAUCUUUGCAUUUCUAUUCUACACAGGCCAGGCGAAGACGAGCAGUCAGGCGAACUGGCGAGCGAGCGAUGGAAUGUCCUUCAUGGAGUUGAAUCGGUCCUCCGAUCCGUUCUCCUGCUAAUGGACGACCCCGAGAUUAAUUCGGCCGCCAACGUCGAUGCGAGUGUUCUGUACAGAGACAACCGUGUUGAAUACGACAGGCUCGCGAGAGUCAUAGUGGAAGAGACACAGAAGAGCACGCCGGAAGGUGCACAUAUGCCUACCAUGGCCGAACUGGCUCCAGUACCAAUCAAACCGGUCGAUGACGACGCAGACUUCUGGAACAUGACCGAUGAAGAGGAAGAUUUUGGCGGCAGCGACAGCGACGAAAAUAUGGAAGACGACUUUGAUGAUGACUUUGAAGAUGAAGAUGACAAAUGA